AACUGACAAAACCUCUGACACACUCUCUCUCUCUCUCUCUCUCUAAAACUUACUAUUCUGAAAAGCACAAAGUGAAAGAAAAGAGUUAUUGACACACGCACACACAACACACACUUUUCAACCCCUCACGAUAUUCAUCAACCAAAUUCUUUAUUUAUUUAAUUUAUUUAUAAUCGAAACGCAUUUCUCUCUCAUAAAAAUCUGUGGCCCGAUAGUUUAGUCACAAAAUCUGCAUGUGUACGCCUUUUGCUCAACAUCCCUCUUUAAUGCAUCACAAGAAUUGAGAGAUAGAAAAAUUCAAGAAUCCUAGGCCACCCCACCCCUCACCACCCCCCUCAUUUCAAUUCGGAUUAUCUGAAUAAAUUUCCUAGCAAUUAAAUUAAAUUAACCGUUGCUUUAUAAAUUAUAAAUCCACCACUCGCCCCAUCUUCUCAUAUUUUUUUGCUCUGCAAGAGAAGAGAGAGAGAAUGGCGAUUCAAGCGCAGAUAAGUUCAGGCUUGGUGUUUGGCGGGUGUCAAGAUCUGCUCACAGAGAAUGCUUACGGAUUAAACAAUCUCUGCUUCAAUCAAUCGAUCACGAAUCCAAUUUCAAAGCCACAGCAUCACGAAUUGCUGCAGAUAAUCUCAGCUCAAUUCGAGAAUCAGAGAAUCGAGAUUGAUCACUACAUCAAUACUCAGAACGAGAGAUUGAGAAUGGCGGUGCAGGAGCAGCGGCGGCAGCAGACGGCGCUGCUGAUCAAGAGAUGCGAAUCAAGGAUUCAGUGUCUGCUGAAACAGAGAGACGAGGAAAUCUGGAGAGCGGCGAGGAGGAACGCGGAGCUGGAAGAGUGCGUGAGGAAGAUGGAGAUGGAGCGGCAGACGUGGCAGAGAUUCGCGCAGGAGAACGAGGCGCUGGCGGCGUCGCUGAGCGGUACGAUCCAGCGGGUGAGGGCGGCGGCGGCGGAGGAGGAGGACGCGGCGUCGUGGUGUGUGGAGAGGGAGGGGGGAGAAUCGAGGAAGAUGGUUUGCAGGUGCUGCAAUUCUAGGAAAUCGAGCGUCAUAAUGCUGCCGUGCAGACAUCUCUGCUCAUGCAGAGAUUGCGAUGCGUUUCUUGAUUGCUGCCCUCUCUGUAAUGUCGCCAAGAAGGCCAGUUUGGAAGCCUUGCUUUGACAGAUAAUCACAAUUUAAAAAAAAAAAUGGAAAAUGGGAAAUGAAAAAAUUAGUAUUUUUUUUUUUUAUACAUAUAUAAAGAGAAAAAUCUUGUUGAUAAUAUAUAGAACUUGGAAAGACGUUUUUUUUUUUUUUUUUUUUUAAUUGUAGAGAAUACUAACUUUUUUGGCGAUCGAUAGAAAAGUAUUGGAAGCACGAAAUAAACACACGAAUUGUUUAUCGAGUUAGAAUGUGACAAUGUGAUUAUAUUUAUAGUAGGGUUAAUUGAGUAUGCAUAUAUCUAAAGAAUAUAUAUAUAGGGGUGGGCGCGUUUGGUUUCUGUUAAGGAUUAAUCAACAUAGUAUUAAACUUGCUUAUUAAUAUUGAUUUCCGUGUAUUAGUAAUACUAAUUGGGUGUUUGGUUUUAUAGCUAAUUAAUACUGAUUUCUUUUUGAUAUUCCUUAAUAUAACUUGGAUUAACUUAAAAAUGGACAAGAUUGUCCCUUUCUAUUUUUUAAAAUUCCCAGCGUGUCCUUUCCAUAAUACACUAUGAUAUCCACGAAACCCUUUUCUCGGAACACAUUUCGCCAACCAAGAUUCUUUCGCAGAAGAGGAAACGACGCCCUCCAUUGAUUCAGCAGGAAGGUCGUCUCAAGAAGGGUGAAAAUGAGCCAAGCAACUCAAGGCAGCGCAGGAUCCGCACGCUGUGGCCGCGUUAACAAGACGGACCAAAAACGUCGCAGUUGAUCCGCUCGUGAAGAAAAGGUCCUACUCGCUUCAUUGAAAGAGCUCGUUGCACAAGGGUGGAAAUCCGAUAACGGAUUUCGAGCAGGGUACUUGACCAAGUUAGAGGAGGCAGUGAAGAAGGAAUUUCCGACCACUAAUUUGAAAGGAAUGCCUCACAUAAACUCGAAGGUGACAACGUGGAAAAAGACUUACUAUUCACUAUGUAAUAUCCUCAAAGUUAGUGGAGUUGGCUUCAAUGUCAACGGGAAGCACAUGAUUGACUGUGAUAACGAACAGUGGGAGAACUUUGUGGCGGCCGACAAAAAUGUCCACAAUUUCUGUUACAAGAGUUGGCCUUUACCUUGAGGAUUGGAAGGUAAUAUUUGGCAAAGAUAGAGCUACGGGCGAUGAGGCGGAGGAUCUCUUCGAAGCGGGACAUGAGAUGUACCGGAAAUUGGACAUCAGCCAAGCAAAUGACUAUGGUGACUACCACGUCUCACUUGAGGAUAUUCUCGAGAACGGCGAAACGGGUGACAAUGUGAGUCAAACCCAAGUUCGAGAUGAGAGUGUCACAGCUGAGAAGGAAGCUCCAACGUCCAGCAAGAAGCGGCGCCGUAGUGCAGCGUUUGAUGAUCGAUUCUUUGAGGCGCUACAUGAUAUUACUCAGGGCACGGAGACUAAGCUUGAUACGAUAUCAAGUAGGAUGGGGUACGACUUUGAUAUAUCAAAGGCAAGAAAAGAGGCAUUUGCGCAGCUGAGUGCUAUUCCGGGGCUGUCAAAGACGGAAACGUUUGAGAUCACGGAUUUGCUUGCGAAGGAAGUGGAUCAUCUGGACGUGUUUUCAAGCCUUCCGGAAGACGUGAAGGAAGACUACGUGCUCUACCUGCUUGCGUCGAAAAAUAAGUAAGUCGGCGGCGGUUUAUGAAUGGUUUAGCCGUCUUUUUUUGGUGCGUAUAAAUCGCAAUCUAAUUUUUUUAUCUAUUGCUCGAAAGGCAAUGACACUUGUUUUAACUUGGAUUUGGAUUUUGUUGGGUGUUUGUUGCCAUAACUAUUGCUGUGUAUGGUACUUUGUUUUAUGGAUGUUGGAUUUAUAUUUUGAUACUCUUCAUUAGGCGACUGCUUAUAUUGAUUGAUUGGUGCCUAUAUUUCACAUUAGGCGACUACUUUGUUUUAUGGAUGUUGGAUUUCUAUUU